AUGCGCAUUGUGUGUUUCGUUCAUCUGCUUUGGCUUACAGCCUUCACCACAGCAAAAUGGAUUGUGCCCGCUGCUCGCUGGCAUGAUACCGACGGCAACAUCUUCAACGCCCACGCCGGGGGCUUGGCAGUUGAUAAAGAAACCGGCAAGUUUUACUGGUUUGGAGAAUACAAAAUCGAAGGGCAGGUUGAGGGCGGCGGAGUAUCCGUCUACAGCUCCGAUGACCUGGCAACGUGGACUUCCCAUGGACUAGCGCUAAAGCCGGUGGAUGAUCACCCUUACGUCUCCUCGCAUAAUCGCAUUCAGCGACCUAAAGUUAUCUACAGCAACGAUACUGGCCUUUACCACAUGUGGUGGCACGUGGAUGACUCCAAGUACAGUCUUCUACUGCAAGGACUCGCUACCUCAGACAACAUUGCGGGCCCAUACACGUUCCAAAAUGCCAUCUCACCACUCAGUAAUUGGUCACAGGACUUUGGCGCAUUUACAGACUACAAAACUGGAAAUUCAUACGCGCUCUACUCGAAUGGCGAUCGCCCAGAAGGACGCGACGUAUAUGUCAGCAAGUUCAACAGCAACUUGACGGAUGUUAAAGAGGUUACCUUUCGAUUCAACAAGUACGACUUUGAGGCACCCACGAUCUUACAAACGGAGAAGAGCUACUAUGCUCUAUUAAGCCACAAGACUGGAUAUCGCCCUAACAAUGUCGUGGCCAUGCGCGCCGAUAAGCUCGAAGGGCCCUGGUCGCAGCCAUUCUUCGUAUCGCCGGCCUACACCAGAACGUUCAGCACCCAGUCGGGCUUUUCAUGGAGGAUAAAAGGAAGUAAGGCUACGACAUAUUUGUAUAUGGCAGACCAGUGGGAUAUGCUCUCGCUUUGGGAGAGUCGCAACGUGUGGCUUCCUAUCGAGAUCGACGAGAAGCAAGGCAGUUUGAAAGUCGUCUGGCACGACAUCUACGAUCUUGACGUAAAAACAGGUGUUUGGAAACCGGUCCGCGGAAAGACGUACACCUCCAAGUACGCAAAAACGUCAGGAGAUGCUCACCUCCAAGAGGCUACUUUCGGCAGCCACAAUGUCAUUGCGACUGGAAUCUACGGCAAUGACAGCACCAUCACCUUCGAAGUUGAAGGAGAUGGUCAAGACCAGUGGGUUUCAUUCUACCACCAGAACACGGACGACAUGGGCUUUGGCGAUCAGCCUUUCGGACAGCCCGAUCGUAUCAACGGCACGUGGCAGCUACGUCGCAUCAGCAGUGUUGUCGUCAACGGGGACAACAGCACAGUCCAUACUCUGUACCAGAAAGACACUCACAAGGGCAUCAUCUUGUCCACUCCUCUGCUUCUUCCUCUGCAGAAGGGAAGAAACACUAUAUCAGUCGGCGGGCUUUACAACGGCUUCGACUACAAGGGCGCUGACCUGGAUCGAAUCGUUGUAUAUCCCCCUGAAGAUAAGUGGCAGAAGAGGUCGUUCUUCGGUGCGCUUAAGCUUUGGUAA